AUUACUUUCACAGAUCUUUUUUUUAGAUUGCCGCUAAACCUCGAUGGAUAAAACUUGUUCUUUCACUAGUUAUGUCGCAAUACUUGAUAGCUGUAUGGGACUAUGACGCAGAAGGCGAGUUUGAACUUUCUUUUAAGCAAGGAGACAGGAUUAAACUAUUGGAAAAACAUAACGACGACUGGUGGGAAGGCGAACUUCGAGAGUCUAUUGGUUUUUUUCCUGCAAAUAGAAUAAGGUUAGAGACUACAGAAGAACUAGCUUCUCAGAGCAAGACGACGCAGUGCGAAAACGGGACAGCCGAGGAAACAAAAAAUAUAGACCAAAACUUACCUUCACCUUCUCUUCGACACCAUGACUCAGUACAGUCUGAGACAGAUGCUAUUAUAUCACACGAAGCAAUCAAAUCUCCACUUCAUCCAGUAGCAUCAGCACCAGCAAUAUUGACCGAGUCUCCUUUACCACAAGGAUGGGAGCAUGCUUAUGAUGAGGAUGGAACAAUUUAUUAUUUCAAUGAAAUGACAGGUGAAUCAAGAUGGGAUAGACCUAUUGAGGAAGAGGAACAGAAUCAACCACCACCGCUCCCACCUCGAAACAAUGCUGCAGACGAUAACUUGGAUACUUUGAUAGAAGGCAUCAAACCAGAAGAACUUCAAAAACUCGAGUUUGAUAAACUACAAAAAGAAUGGAUCCGACAUAAAGGAUAUAUACAGAUGAAAAUGAUUUCUGAUAAUGAAGCUGGUAACAAAUUGAGCUCUUGGAAAGUAUAUUAUGCAGUUUUGUCCAAUGGGUUUUUAUUGUUGUAUAAAGAAGCUCAUGCCAAGAACAAGAAAUCAUCCAAAUCGCGUGUGCCUAUAGGUAGUUUUGAUUUAGAUUCAUGCAAAAUAGAUCCUGCAGGAAAACAAGACACAAAGCGCAAGCAUGUCUUUAUUAUCUCCACACCUAAAAAAGUCAAAUUGUAUGUUCAAACCACAAGUGACAAAGAAUUUUCAUCUUGGCUUGAUGCUAUCAUGAGAGAACUGAUAGCGCGUAAAGAAGGACAGAAUGAAGACUCAGAAAUAUUACGGCUGCUAAGAUCUCUUAGUAUUGACGAAAGUCAAAUGAAAGUAAACAGAAAAAUAGUACAAGAAGACGAAAACAAAAAGAAGCAUUGGUUCUCUUCAAAGCAAGGCACUACAGCCUAUCCUCAAAAAUCAGAUUCAAGAUAUGUGUAUGGACAAGCACAGCCUUCUGAUGAAAAUGACGUGUUUGGUGGUUAUUUGCAUAUGGAGGAGAAUGGAGACAUUCCUCGCAUUGUCUCCCUUUGUGUUAAUGAAGUAGAGGUUAGAGGACUGAAAUCAGUGGGUAUUUAUCGAUUAUCGGGACCUGCAUCUUCUAUACAAAAAUACAGGACCAUGUUCAAUAAUAAGGAGCCAGUUUUACUUAAAGAAGAACAUGAUAUCAAUGCAGUUACCGGUUUACUUAAGCUUUAUUUUCGUGAAUUGCGCAAUCCUUUGAUGACAUACGAGUACUAUGAAUGGUUCCUUGAUGCAGCAAGAAUGACUGAUUAUGAAGAGAGAAUGUAUCAAAUCAAAUCGGUGAUUCACAGUCUGCCAAAGCCAAACUAUUUGGUGCUUGAAUAUUUAAUGCGACAUUUAGGUCGAGUGGCUUCUUAUUCUGAUAUCAACAAGAUGGAAGCUUCUAAUUUAGCACUUAUCUUUUCUGUAGGUCUCUUAAGAGCACCACAAGAAGAUUUAAGCAGUAUCAUGAUGUCUGAUCUACAAAGCAAAGUGAUUGAAGCUAUCAUUCAACAAGUAGAUUGGUUCUUUGAAGAUGAUAAUGAAGAAUAAUACCCCACAUUUAACUAGAAAUAUAUAUAUUA